CGGAAGGCGAAACUAGGGCUAUUGCAAUUUGCCCACAGUCCCUGAAGGUAGCAGACGUCGUCCUGCGGGGCGGGGCGGGGCGGGGCGUGUUUGGACUGACUGGCAAGGGCACACAAGACUGGAUGUCACUUGUGUUCUCGAGGGGGACUCGAACCGCAGCCGGAGUUUGGAUUUCAGUUUCAACCAUUUGAAGGCUGGUCGACGUCCAUGUGACUUUGCAGCCUUGCUGCAGGUCAUGGUGACAUACUGAGUAGUGUUGUGUGCUGAAUGGCUGUCAGCAGAGGGGGUCUUCUUGCCUUCUGGGUGGGUUGUGUCCGCAUCCAUGGCAGAAGGCAGCCCAUCACCAAGCACAUCAGGAGUCGUCGUCAGCCGAUCGAUUUGCAGCGGCUCUGCCCAACCCGUCCUCUCAGCAGUGCAUCAUGGGCCCUGGCGUCGCCCAAUCGCACGAGGUAUCAGACGGUGAAGCAAGCGCUUGUGUCGCAUCAUCACGUCAGCUGGCCGCAGGGGGCCGCUUACCUGGACGACCACUGGGAGGAGCCGCUCGGCCUGUGCGUGCUGGUGCGGCCCAGUGAGUGGAGCGGCCUACGCACGGUGGUGGAGAUCCCACUCUUUGGUCAGACAAGACUAGCGGAGGUUCCAGGAAGUCACGAGUCCACCGACUUUUCCUUCCUAUUGACAACGGUGGACGGCAGCAGAGAGGAUGACAUCAGCAUCGGCGGCGGCGGCGGCGGCGGCGGCGGCGGCAGCAGCAGCAGCUUCAGGAGAAGCGGCGCGCACGGCCAAAAUAGACAGCACAGCUGUUUCGGAAGCCUCUUUGAAGCCGAGAGUUGCCCCGCGCCCUUCGUGUACGGCUCUCGGUUUUACUGUUUCCAUUCCCCGGGAACAGACGCCACGGCCGGCGGCGGCCCGAACUCUCGGCAGGGUAUUGGAUUGGAGAGAAACAAGAUGGAGGAGUUUCCCUGUCAUCCCGACCCUGUGUAUAGUCGUGAUGUAAGAACAGAGGGCUCGCAAAAUGAAAGAGACAAUGAAGGAGAGCAAAAGCUGGCCGUGGCAUAUGACAGACUAAGGACGGAGCUUCCAAAUUUCUUUCGUAAGAAUCACGACUAUACCAUGUACUCCCGUGACGUUGAAUUCAUCAACGGACUUGUCAACACCAAGACCAGGGGACGUGCGAUCUACCGACUCAGCACUUCGCUGUGGCGCCUGGUGUGUCUGUUCUAUUUCACCGACGUCCGGCUGGAGGUGCUGAAACUGACCAAGCACGUGGAAGACGGGACCAUUAAGGCUCGCUGGAGGCUCCGGGGCCUUCCCUUCCUGACACUGAUGCUUCGCUUCUACCGCAAAGACAAAUCGCACCUGUACAGCUCCUAUGACGCUUUCUCCACAUUCUACAUAGGACGCGAUGGACUCAUCCAUUGUCAUCAAGUCGAAAAGGUGAUGCCAGCUCAGCCCCCGGCCCUGCCCAGAGUCACGUCCCUCCUGGCCAGUGCUUUAGUAGCUCUGGGGGUGGAGGAAAACCGACCCGCCCUCAAUCUGCUGCCCUCCCUCUUGUCAUCGCUGCGGCAGCUCCGACAAUGACGCACGCACGGCGCUUGGAGCCAAACCAUGUCACACUGAAGACUCUUUCUUCGGCAUUAUAGGAACAAGAGCUGUAGCACAACCCGUGAUCUUCUUGCUUUUGGAUUAAGUGCACAACUCGCACAGCUAUUUGUCUCAACUCGUAACUGCGGCAUUUUAGGUCAACUAUCACUUAGUACAUUUACUAACUGACCGAGUGUUGUGAAAAUGCUACAACACGCAACUUUGGUUUACCAUCGCCUUUCAAAGUUACUUGUUGAUCGAGAUGCACUGGAAGGAUGUUGAAUUCGGUCUUCUUCCAUAUCUUUUCGUCUGCAUCACUAGAUGUUCGUCAUCAUAUCUUCUCGCAUACUGUUUCCCAAAAAUGCCUAAAAUACUCCGUUAAACAUUGUCACUGUCGAUGUUUGAAGCUUAAAAAGCUGUCCAUGUGCACUAUGAUGGCAUUGAAAAAAACAACAACCUUCCAAACUGAAUAAAUCACUUCACAUACUUCAGGUGAAACUGUUUCAAAUAGACUUAGCUAGAUAUGCUAUUUAGUCUUGUGUACUUUAUUUAAUGUCAAAUAUUACUUUCCGCACGAGUGCGCCACUAAAUUUGCUUGAUUUAACUUUCACGUGUGCUUUUUGCAUGACCUUUCCCCUUACAGAAAUGAAGUCACGACAAGACUUUGAUCCACCCAGACUUGUUCUAGUUGAUAUUCAAUAAAGUUCCCAAUAAUGACAA